AUGGUAGAAAAGGAAGUGGUUAUUUCACGGCUGCAGGGCGCCCUUCUGCGUUUGCCAAAGGAUGAUCUAAUCAAGUUGCUCAGGAGCACGUACCAGGCUAUGCGCAUAAAACAUGGAAUACCCUUCGAACGCCCAGAAUCAAAUACACACAGCUCCGCAACACAGCGAGAAACGGGGGCCAGGGGCGCCAAAGCUACGGCUGCCCGCAGCAAGAGGAAACACAGCGCAGGCAAAAGGAAACCGUCUGAGACCUCGUCGGAUAAGGGGAAUUUUGCGAAGGUCGAGCAGCCUACCUUCCGACAAAUCGACAUUUUAGCGGAUGAUUUUAAAGAUUUGAAUCUGUCUUAUGACUCCGACGCGUUCGAUCUGGCCGAGCCGGGAGUCGACAGCCAUCAGCAUGCCAACUCUCCAACUCAGAGCGGCACUGUAGACGAAACCAGCCUAUCGGAAAGCACGUUGAACGACCGUGAAUUCGCAAUUCAGACGCUGAAAGAUGAUGCGCGUCAAAUUGUGCCUCCACUGGACCUUUCGGCCAUAAGCGCCAGCGCGAAGGAGGCGUACAAGGUGACCGACUUCUUGCCGUCACCGAAAGUGGGUACGACGGGUUUGUUGUCAUUGUAA